CAAGGCGUCAUAUCCGAAAUCCGGUCGCAUCCAUUGAUGCCGCCUGGAGCAAGUCUGUGUACUGUGUGCAUGUUGUUUCUUGGGCACAACGGAUUUUUCCAGCGGAAAGGUAAACAAGAAAGAGUCCUGGUAGCUGAAAGCUGCUGAACAAAGCGAAGAAAGGGAAAGAGUGAGUGAGACCUGAAGGAGACGUCUCCAAAGCGCGCCGGAAGCGUCCGACAAUGAAGGCUGUGAUUUACCAUGCCUUUUCUCAUAAAGAAGCCAAGGAGCACGAUGUACAGGACCUGGGAAGCCAGAGGGCUGAGGCCUUUGUGAGGGCCUUCCUGAAGCAGAGCAUACCUCGCUGGAGCCAGCAAGACUGUGAGAGCCAUCUGCAACGCAAGGCUGUGGUCUUGGAAUACUUCACUCGCCAGAAGCCAAAGCAGCAGCAGAAGAAAUCCAAAGGCCUCACUGCCAAACAGAGGAGAGACAUGAGGCUUUUUGACAUUAACCCAGAGCAACAGAGAUACAGUCUCUUCCUCCCUCUGCAUGAACUCUGGAAGCAGUACAUCCGUGACCUGUGCAACGGGCUCAGGCCAGACACGCAGCCACAGAUGAUUCAGGCCAAGCUCCUAAAGGCAGAUCUUCACGGUGCUAUUAUUUCAGUCACGAAAUCCAAGUGCCCCUCCUGUGUGGGGGUCACAGGAAUCCUUCUGCAGGAGACCAAGCAUGUCUUCAAGAUCAUCACCAAAGAAGACCACCUGAAAGUUAUCCCCAAGCUAAAUUGUGUGUUCACCAUAGAAGUGGAUGGCUUCAUUUCCUACAUUUAUGGAAGCAAAUUCCAGCUUCGUUCAAGUGAGAGGUCUGCCAAGAAGUUCAAAGUAAAGGGAACAAUUGACCUGUGAACUCUCUGCCACUGGAGACAGAAGUCGCUGGCAGCUGAGAACUGGAAAUACUUUAAAUACCCACUUUUUCAUGAAAGCUUUCUGGCUGUGGCCCACCUGUAGUCCAGGGAAAGCAGAGUAGCUGAAGAACAUUGAGCAACACAAGAAGAAGUCGGGGUAGAGAUUUGCCUCUCCAGGGAGAAAAGACUAGCAGAAAAUGCACCAGGACUAACCCUGGGUGAUUUGAAGAAGGGGGCCGUUUAGGUUCUGUCUUUCAUACUUUCCUGUGUUUCCCAAACAUUCUGUGCUGAACUAGUUAUUCUGUUAAUAACAAAAUACACUACAGGCAUAAAUGGGCUCAAAUAAAGGAAUCAUUCUUGACUUUCUGGGUUAAAAGGGAA